UCAUUCACCCUGCGUAUGUCCAAAAUCUGAAAACCCUAGAAAAAUCACAUAAUCAUACAAGUAAAAUCAAAUGGAUCCAAUAACGAUGGAAGGAGGUUACAACGGAAGCGAUGAGGAGAAAGAGGACGUUGAGGAAACCACUAGUCAUCUCAGAGAUCGAUUCCGUCUUUCCACCAUCUCCAUUGCAGAAUCCGAAGCCAAACAAGAUAACAUGGAGAUUUCUCAACCUGUUAUCGUUUGCAUCUCCGAUUUAGCGUUCAAGUAUGCGGAACAGUUGGCAGAGGAUCUUGAGAUGUUUGCACAUCAUGCUGGCCGAAAGUCUGUGAAUAUGAACGAUGUCAUCAUUUCUGCACAUAGAAACACGCAUUUGGCAGAUCUAUUGAGGUCUUUUUCAUACAAUCUAAAAGCAAAAGAGCCUCAGUCUGAGAAAAAGAGGAAGAAAAGUUCCAGCAAGGAAAGCAAAGGUCUCCCUUCGGUACUCAACCUCGAUCCUUAACUGCUGUAGAUUCUUGAGUAUCAGUAAUUCUUAUAUAGAUGUUCAACUGAUAUGCUGCUUUUGUUCUUUCUAGAAGAAAUUGACUCAAAUUAUUUCUUUGUUUUUCAUUAAGUGCUUUU